CCGAGUUGCACCGCUAGUCCACCACCACCACCACUACCAUACAGCCAUACAGGUUGCGCGUCCUAGCCAGCUAGCUACUACUGCUGGUGAAUAUUGAGUGAUCGAUCGCCAUGGCCGGAGCCACUGCUGCUAGUACUGGAGGAGCUGCCGCCGCCGCCACGGGGGCCGGGUCGCCGUGCGGGGCCUGCAAGUUCCUGCGCCGGCGCUGCGUGCCCGAGUGCGUGUUCGCGCCCUACUUCAGCACCGACCAGGGCGCCGCGCGCUUCGCCGCCAUCCACAAGGUCUUCGGCGCCAGCAACGCCUCCAAGCUGCUCUCCCACCUCCCCGUCGCCGACCGCUGCGAGGCCGUCGUCACCAUCACCUACGAGGCGCAGGCCAGGCUCCGCGACCCCGUCUACGGAUGCGUCGCCCAGAUCUUCGCGCUCCAGCAGCAGGUCGCCAUCCUGCAAGCCCAGCUCAUGCAGGCCAAGGCGCAGCUCGCGUGCGGCGCCGCCGCGCACUCGCCGCCGCUCAGCCACCACCACCACCACCAGUGGCCGGCCGACCACGCCAGCAGCAUCAGGAAGCCCGGCGGACCCCUCGACGACUGCUUCAUGCCGGACCCCUCAGGCGGCUGCUUCAGGGACGACGUCGUCGCCGCGCAGCAUUGCGCCGCCAAGGCGGACGCCGGCGACCUCCAGUACCUGGCGCAGACCAUGAUGAUGAGGAGCCCCAACUACUCCCUGUAGGAGCAUAUCAUGCAUUUUGGAGCCAUGUCAUCUAUCACACUUCGCUAACGCAAGUGCGAGCUAGAAUUCGGGGGGCAAAGAAAGGAAAUUAACUUGUACUACUCCUAGUGAACUCCUUUUCUUUUAAAUUAUUAUCAGUGUUCUGAUUCUGAUCU